AUGGUUGUAGCUAUUGGAUUUGAGGGUUCAGCCAACAAGCUUGGUGUUGGCAUCAUUCGACAUGAAGGCGAUCAAGUCGACAUCUUGGCCAAUGUGCGAGAUACAUACAUUACACCACCAGGACAAGGGUUCUUGCCUCGCGAUACAGCACAGCACCACCGCGAUUGUAUUUUACGAGUGACAAAGGAAGCAUUGAAAGAAGCCAACCUCAAACCCCAAGAUAUCGAUGUGAUCUGUUAUACCAAGGGACCAGGCAUGGGAGCACCCUUAGUGAGCGUGGCACUUGUUGCUCGCACUCUCUCUUUGCUGUGGAACAAACCUAUUGUGGGUGUCAAUCACUGUGUUGGACACAUUGAGAUGGGACGAGAGGUGACCAAAGCAGACAACCCAGUUGUGCUCUAUGUGAGUGGAGGCAACACACAAGUCAUUGCUUAUUCGCAACAACGCUACCGUAUUUUUGGAGAGACAUUGGAUAUCGCUAUUGGCAACUGUCUUGAUCGGUUCGCUCGUAUACUCAACCUAUCAAACGCACCAAGUCCUGGAUACAACAUUGAGCAGUACGCAAAGAGAGGAAAGAAGUUUAUUCAGCUACCUUACGCCGUCAAGGGCAUGGAUGUGUCAUUUUCUGGCAUUUUAUCACACAUUGAAAAGAUGGCAAAAUCAGAGCUUCCAAAAGGACAAGUGACGCCAGAGGAUUUGUGCUUUUCGCUCCAGGAGACACUGUUUGCCAUGUUAGUGGAGAUUACAGAAAGAGCCAUGGCACACGUUGAGUCAAACCAGGUGCUGCUGGUCGGUGGUGUUGGAUGCAAUAUUCGACUGCAGGAGAUGAUGGGCGAAAUGGCAGCACAGAGAAAUGCCACUGUAUGCGCAACAGACGACAGAUUUUGCAUUGACAACGGCAUCAUGAUUGCACAUGCUGGUCUGCUGGCUUACAAGACUGGCUUUACCACGCCCUUGGAAGAAAGCACAAUUACACAACGCUUCAGAACAGAUGAGGUUCACAUUGCUUGGAGGGACUGA